UAGGCCGUCCAUGUUCAGCCUCGGCCUCGGGCGCUUCCUCCGGGGCGAGGCCCGGAAGAACGCCAAGGAAAAGAAGGAGACUUACGAGCUCGAGCGGUUGGUCAAACAGAAGAUCGGCAAGCAGAGGCUCAAGGAGAUCAAGGCCAAGUUCGCCAUCUUCGACGCCGACAACAGCGGACAGAUCAACGCCGCGGAGCUCGCCACGGUGCUCCGCGCGGUGGGCCUCAAUCCCACCGAGCAUCACGUGCAGGAGCUCCUGGAGGAAUACGACGCCGACAACAGCGGCGCCCUGUCCUUCGCCGAGUUCGCGAGGCUGUACUUCGAGGAGUUGGAGUCGGUCGAGGAGGCGGACAAGCUGUUCAAGAACUCCUUUCAGUUCUUCGACAAGGAUGGCAACGGAGAGAUAUCGCUGGUGGAGUUUAGGGAGGUGCUGACGCAGCUGGGGGACCCGAUGGACGACGACGAGGUGUCGCUGUUCUUCAAGCUCGUGGACAGGAACAACGACGGCAAACUUCAGUACGACGAGUUCCUGGAGAUGGUCCUCGAGGGCACGUCGCAGGGCACCCCGGGGAAGAAGAAGGGACGGAAGCUCGCGUCCAUCAUGGCCAACGGAUUGGACGCGCCGGGAUCGCCCGGACGGGGCGCGAGGAGGGACAACACGGCCGCGCAGGCGCCGAAGAGGACGAGCGAGGACGCGGGGGCGGUGUCGCCCCCGGGGACGGUGAACGCGAAGAGGUAGGUGAGCCGCGUUGGUAGCAGCAUUAGAUUCUUCCCGAUAAAUAGAUUCUGUUGACCGAGUU